UCAUAAUCUUGACACCAUUAAUAUGAAGAAGGACUCAAAUAUGGUUUACGCAGUGUUUAUUUUGCCCUUUCAACUAUUCCUCCUUAGUGCUGUUUCUUGUGAUGGAGGAAGGACAUUGGAAGAGACCCCUGUACCUCUCAUUCCAGCUUUUACUAUCAGCAGAGUUUAUCCACCGUGCACUGCAGGUACAAGACCGAAAUGCCUUGUGGUGUGUUCAGUGCCGAGUGUGCCCGUAUCUCAUCUCUCCUGGUAUAACGGAAGCGUUUCACUCUCCAGCCUCAUGAUUUCUGAAUUCAACACCAGACUAUAUCUGGAGGUGGAUUAUCAGGAUCAAAACAACUACACCUGUGUGCUGUCCAGUCCAAGCAUCAAUUGGACGAAACAUCUCAACAUUCAACAUCUCUGUCAGUCAUGUCGAGGUACAGCAGAACCAAAGUCUGUGAAGGAAGGGAAUUCUGUCACGUUAUCCACCACCCGUGAACUUCAGAACGGAGAUGACAUCAUGUGGUUUUAUAGAAGCGCUCUCGUGGCUGAAUAUGUUGAGAACGUGACCACUUAUCAUCACUGUGAUGAUGGGAGAUUUGGUAACAGACUGCGUCUGGACACUCAGACUGCAUCUCUCACCAUCAGCAACUUCAGUGAAAUCCUCUCUGGAUCUUAUAAACUACUGAUCACUAAUGCAACAUAUAAAGAAUGUCAGAGUUAUAAUGUGACUUUAUAUGAACACAGCCAUCAAUCACUAAUUUAUCUUUUAAUUGGUGUUGUUGUUGGUGUUUUUGCCAUCGUUGUUGUUGCUGGUGUUGUGUGGUUCUGUUGUUGAUGCAGGAGGGAGUGAGCAGCUCAAACGCAAAAAUAUCACCUGCAACAAAUAUGAAACUUUUUAAUAAAAGUACCAAAAUAUAUUUGUUGGGUCAAGUUUUUAUCUGUGUUGUGAUUUUAGUUUAUGAAGCAGAAUAUGCAGCACAUUCAAAA